CAUCAGACUACAGUGUAUCACCAGCUCCAGGAUGUUCAGACAAUCAGCCCGCUUAUUAGCCUCCAAGAGAUUCUUCUCUGUCACUCCACAAAGAUCUAACUUGAUCUCUGACUUGUACGUCACCCAAAUCAAGGCUUUCAAGCCAACCCCAGUAUCCGAAAAGGAAGCUGCAAGUGCUGUUAAGGCUUUCCAAUUGCCAUCUAAGCCAUCUGUCCCAGAAGCUGAAAUCUCUGCUGAUGCCUUGAACCAAUACGAAUCUUCUGAAGUUGAAACUGCUUCUGCUGGUUCCACUGGUUCCAUUGCCGCUGAAGAAGACUGGUUCGUUUUCGAAGACGCCGAGGAAGCUGCCCACUAG